AUGGCGGCACCACGGGCAUCUCGCACCGCCUGUGAACGUGGUGACUAUGGAAGGACGAUGGCCGCAUAUGGCGGCAGCCGCAGCUCCCAUGAAAAGAGGGCAGCGGCCGCGCCAAGGCUGCGGCCAAGCGUGGGCAGGAACCGCGACAGUCGCGCGCAGUGGCAGCGGUCGUGCAUGGGCACAUGCGGCACAGGCAGCGCCGCGGCAUGGCAACCGCGCACCGGCGGCGACCGCGCGUGGGUAGGCCGUGCACAGGCGGCGGCCAAGCGCGGGCACGAACCGCCGCAGCGGUCGCUCGUGGGCAAAGGCAGCCCCCCCGCGGCGGUAGCGACCGCGUGCUGGCAACAGUCGCGGCCAGUCGUGCGUGCCGUCCGCAGGCAGGAAAGGCCGCAGCGGCCACGCGCGAGCAGCGGCAGCGCCGCAGCGGCCGCGCGCGAGCAGAGUAGCGGCAGCGUCGCAACGGCCGCGCGCAAGCGGCGGCAGCGCCGCACGUCGCAACGGCCGCGCCGCACGCACAGCAUGAUUACAGAUUUUAUGCUAACACUUUUGGCCCACUUACCGAUCGAUGAGGAACCUUCUUGGGACGUCGAAGGCGUUGGCGAGGACGGGGAUUUCGGCGGCAUCCCGGCGUCGACGGACGCGGUGAAGGAGCUGGCGGUGGUGAAGUACGAGCGUGGCGGAGAUGUCAGAGAGGAGAGUUGCAUCAUCUGCUUCGAUGAGUUCGACGAGGGCAUGGAGGUGACGCGGAUGCCAUGCAAGCACGCCUUCCAUGGCGGCUGUCUCACUCGAUGGUUGGAGAGCAGCCAUGUGUGUCCUCUCUGCAGACACGCCAUACCUGCUUCUGCUGAUCCCUGA